AGCUCCUCCAGGCUACAAUCUCCUUGCUCUUCUGGUGAAGGAAGGAAGUUCACCUAUAGUUCCAAAAGAUGUCAACUCUCCUGGAAAACAUCAAUGGCAUCAUCGAAAUAUUUCACAAAUAUUCAAAAACAGAUAAGGAGACUGACACAUUGAGUGAAAAAGAGCUGAAGGAACUUCUGGAAUUGGAGUUUCGGCCCAUCUUGAAGAAUCCUGAUGACCCAGACACCACUGAAGUUUUCAUGCAUAUCCUCGAUGUAGAUCACAACAAGAAAAUAGACUUUACAGAGUUUUUUCUGAUGGUAUUCAAGUUGGCUCAAAUAUAUUAUGAUUACACUCAAAGACAGAAUUUACAGACAGCAGGACGAAAACAGAAAAAGUAUACAUACCACUAUGAAGAUGAAGAAGAUGAUACAGAAGAAGACAAAGAAGAAACAAAAAGAAAGCACAGUCAUUCAAGAAGAAGUGAUGGAAAGAAUCAAGAUAGAUCAAAGAGCCCAAGAGGAAGAGGAAAAAAAAGACAUGGGUCUAAAUCUGGAAGUAAACAAAGAAGAGGUGACUCACCUAGCUCUGGACACAGACAUGGAUGUAGCGAAAGUCAUGAGUCAAGAAGGGAAAAGAAAAGGAGAUCAAGCUCUCCUGAACUAAAAGAAAGAAGGCACACGUCAAGUGUCAGCCCAACCAGGAGAUAUGAAGAAAGAGAAGAAGAAUGCGGUUAUGAAAAUAAAGGUAAAAGAAGUGCAAAAUGCAUAGGAUCAGAGUAUGAUGACUUGUAUCAAGUUUGUGAAGACAAAGUGACCACGAAUUUUCAAUCCAGUCACAAUACAAACUAUGAGUCAAACAUCACUAAGGGCAGAGACACGGAAGGACAUUCACGAGAUACAGGUAGUAAAUCCGUGGUCACUCAUGGAAGACCAAGAUCCAGUUCAAGGAAUCAAAAUGGCUCUGUCCUGACUCAUACAGGAGAUAGUUCUACCCAUUCAGAAUCCCAAAAAGAGACGUACAGUGAAUCUGUCCAUGGAAGGUCAAAAAACACUGGGCAAAGACAGGGGAGCCACCAUGAGCAGUCAAGGGACAGAUCCACACACUCUGAAACUGGACAUGCACAAACCUCUGCUGGAUCCGGAGGCAGCAGACACAGGCAAUCCAGUGGUAGUCAGGCCAGUGACAGUGAAGGACAUUCAGAAGACUCAGGUAGACAGUCCGUGACAACACAAGGAAGGUCGGGUUCCAGCUCAAGCAACCAACGUGGAUCUUCCCAUGGACAGACAGGAGACAGUUCGAGGCACUCAGCAUCUCAUCAAGGGAGCCACAGUGAAUCUGUCCAUGAAAGGUCAGGACCUAGAAGUGGGCAAAGAGAGGGGAGCCACCAUGAUCAGUCAAGGGACAGCUUCAGACACUCUGGAACUGGACAUGGACACACCUCAGCUGGAUCUGGAAGCAGCAGACAUAGGGAAUCCAGUGUUAGUCAGUCCAGUGACAGAGAGGGACAUGCAAGAGAUUCAGGUAGACAGUCUGUGACACCUCGCACAGGAUCUCAUUCCAGCUCAAGAAAUCAACACGGAUCUUCCCAUAGCCAGACAGAAGACAGUUCUAGGCGCUCAAAGACCAAUCAAGGGAGCCACAAUGAGAGACACGCAAGAGAUUCAGGUAGGGAUUCUGAGAUAACUCAUGGAAGGUCUGGUUCCAGCUCAAGGAGCCAACAUGGAUCCUCCCAUGGUCAGACAAGAGACAGUCCUAGGCACUCAGAGUCCCAUCAAGACAGGCAUAGUGAAUCUGUCCAUGAAAGGUCAGGAUCCAGCACUAGACAAAGACAGGGGGACCACCAUGAGCAGUCAAGGGACAGCUCCAGACACUCUGGAACUCGACAUGGACAAACCUCUACUGUGUCCGGAGGCAGCAGACACAGGCAAUCCAGUGGUAGUCAGGCCAGUGACAGUGAAGGACAUUCAGAAGACUCAGGUAGACAGUCCGUGACAACUCAUGGAAGGCCUGGUUCCAGCUCAAGAAACCAACAUGGAUCUGCCCAUGGACAGGCUGGAGACAGUUCUAGGCACUCAGAGUCCCACCAAGGGAGCCACAGUGAGUCUGUUCACGGAAGGUCAGGAUCCAGCACUGGACAAAGAGUGGGGAGCCACCAUGAGCAGUCAAGAGACAGCUCCAGACACGCUGGAACCAGUCAUGGACAAACCUCCACUGGAUCCGGAGGCAGUAGGCACAGACAAUCCAGUGUUAGUCAGGCCAGUGACAGUGAGGGACAUGCAAGAGAUUCCGGUAGGCAUUCUGAGACAACUCAUGGAAGAUCUGGUUCCAGCUCAAGGAACCAACAUGGAUCUGUCCAUGGACAGACAGGAGACAGUUCUAGGCACUCAGAGUCCCACCAAGGGAGCCACGGUGAAUCUGUUCACGGAAGGUCAGGAUCCAGCACGGGGCAAAGACAGGGGAGCCACCAUGAGCAGUCAAGAGACAGCUCCAGACACGCUGGAACCAGUCAUGGACAAACCUCCACUGGAUCCAGAAGCAGUAGGCACAGACAAUCCAGUGGUAGUCAGGCCAGUGACAGCGAAGGACAUUCAGAAGGCUCAGGUAGACAGUCUGUGACAACUCAAGGAAGGCCUGGUUCCAGCUCAAGAAACGAACAUGGAUCUGCCCAUGGACAGACAGGAGACAGUUCUAGGCACUCAGAGUCCCACCAAGGGAGCCACAGUGAAUCUGUUCACGGAAGGUCAGGAUCCAGCACCGGACAAAGAGAGGGGAGCCACCAUGAGCAGUCAAGGGACAGCUCCAGACACUCUGGAACUGAACAUGGACACACCUCAGCUGGAUCUGGAAGCAGCAGACAUAGGGAAUCCAGUGUUAGUCAGUCCAGUGACAGAGAGGGACAUGCAAGAGAUUCAGGUAGACAGUCUGUGACACCUCGCACAGGAUCUCGUUCCAGCUCAAGAAGUCAACAUGGAUCUUCCCAUGGCCAGACAGAAGACAGUUCUAGGCGCUCAAAGACCAAUCAAGGGAGCCACAAUGAGAGACACGCAAGAGAUUCAGGUAGGGAUUCUGAGACAACUCAUGGAAGGUCUGGUUCCAGCUCAAGGAGCCAACAUGGAUCUGCCCAUGGUCAGACAAGAGAGAGUCCUAGGCACUCAGAGUCCCAUCAAGACAGGCAUAGUGAAUCUGUCCAUGAAAGGUCAGGAUCCAGCACUAGAAAAAGACAGGGGGACCACCAUGAGCAGUCAAGGGACAGCUCCAGACACUCUGGAACUCGACAUGGACAAACCUCUACUGUGUCCGGAGGCAGCAGACACAGGCAAUCCAGUGGUAGUCAGGCCAGUGACAGUGAAGGACAUUCAGAAGACUCAGGUAGACAGUCCGUGACAACUCAUGGAAGGCCUGGUUCCAGCUCAAGAAACCAACAUGGAUCUGCCCAUGGACAGGCUGGAGACAGUUCUAGGCACUCAGAGUCCCACCAAGGGAGCCACAGUGAAUCUGUUCACGGAAGGUCAGGAUCCAGCACUGGACAAAGAGUGGGGAGCCACCAUGAGCAGUCAAGAGACAGCUCCAGACACUCUGGAACCAGUCAUGGACAAACCUCCACUGGAUCCGGAGGCAGUAGGCACAGACAAUCCAGUGUUAGUCAGGCCAGUGACAGUGAGGGACAUGCAAGAGAUUCCGGUAGGCAUUCUGAGACAACUCAUGGAAGAUCUGGUUCCAGCUCAAGGAACCAACAUGGAUCUGUCCAUGGACAGACAGGAGACAGUUCUAGGCACUCAGAGUCCCACCAAGGGAGCCACGGUGAAUCUGUUCACGGAAGGUCAGGAUCCAGCACGGGGCAAAGACAGGGGAGCCACCAUGAGCAGUCAAGAGACAGCUCCAGACACGCUGGAACCAGUCAUGGACAAAUCUCCACUGGAUCCAGAAGCAGUAGGCACAGACAAUCCAGCGGUAGUCAGGCCAGUGACAGCGAAGGACAUUCAGAAGGCUCAGGUAGACAGUCUGUGACAACUCAAGGAAGGCCUGGUUCCAGCUCAAGAAACCAACAUGGAUCUGCCCAUGGACAGGCUGGAGACAGUUCUAGGCACUCAGAGUCCCACCAAGGGAGCCACGGUGAAUCUGUUCACGGAAGGUCAGGAUCCAGCACCGGACAAAGACAGGGGAGCCACCAUGAGCAGUCAAGGGACAGCUCCAGACACUCUGGAACUCGACAUGGACAAACCUCUACUGUGUCCGGAGGCAGCAGACACAGGCAAUCCAGUGGUAGUCAGGCCAGUGACAGUGAAGGACAUUCAGAAGACUCAGGUAGACAGUCCGUGACAACUCAUGGAAGGCCUGGUUCCAGCUCAAGAAACCAACAUGGAUCUGCCCAUGGACAGGCUGGAGACAGUUCUAGGCACUCAGAGUCCCACCAAGGGAGCCACAGUGAAUCUGUUCACGGAAGGUCAGGAUCCAGCACUGGACAAAGAGUGGGGAGCCACCAUGAGCAGUCAAGAGACAGCUCCAGACACGCUGGAACCAGUCAUGGACAAACCUCCACUGGAUCCGGAGGCAGUAGGCACAGACAAUCCAGUGUUAGUCAGGCCAGUGACAGUGAGGGACAUGCAAGAGAUUCCGGUAGGCAUUUUGAGACAACUCAUGGAAGAUCUGGUUCCAGCUCAAGGAACCAACAUGGAUCUGUCCAUGGACAGACAGGAGACAGUUCUAGGCACUCAGAGUCCCACCAAGGGAGCCACGGUGAAUCUGUUCACGGAAGGUCAGGAUCCAGCACGGGGCAAAGACAGGGGAGCCACCAUGAGCAGUCAAGAGACAGCUCCAGACACGCUGGAACCAGUCAUGGACAAACCUCCACUGGAUCCAGAAGCAGUAGGCACAGACAAUCCAGCGGUAGUCAGGCCAGUGACAGCGAAGGACAUUCAGAAGGCUCAGGUAGACAGUCUGUGACAACUCAAGGAAGGCCUGGUUCCAGCUCAAGAAACCAACAUGGAUCUGCCCAUGGACAGGCUGGAGACAGUUCUAGGCACUCAGAGUCCCACCAAGGGAGCCACAGUGAAUCUGUUCACGGAAGGUCAGGAUCCAGCACCGGACAAAGACAGGGGAGCCACCAUGAGCAGUCAAGGGACAGCUCCAGACACUCUGGAACUCGACAUGGACAAACCUCUACUGUGUCCGGAGGCAGCAGACACAGGCAAUCCAGUGGUAGUCAGGCCAGUGACAGUGAAGGACAUUCAGAAGACUCAGGUAGACAGUCCGUGACAACUCAUGGAAGGCCUGGUUCCAGCUCAAGAAACCAACAUGGAUCUGCCCAUGGACAGGCUGGAGACAGUUCUAGGCACUCAGAGUCCCACCAAGGGAGCCACAGUGAAUCUGUUCACGGAAGGUCAGGAUCCAGCACUGGACAAAGAGUGGGGAGCCACCAUGAGCAGUCAAGAGACAGCUCCAGACACGCUGGAACCAGUCAUGGACAAACCUCCACUGGAUCCGGAGGCAGUAGGCACAGACAAUCCAGUGUUAGUCAGGCCAGUGACAGUGAGGGACAUGCAAGAGAUUCCGGUAGGCAUUUUGAGACAACUCAUGGAAGAUCUGGUUCCAGCUCAAGGAACCAACAUGGAUCUGUCCAUGGACAGACAGGAGACAGUUCUAGGCACUCAGAGUCCCACCAAGGGAGCCACGGUGAAUCUGUUCACGGAAGGUCAGGAUCCAGCACGGGGCAAAGACAGGGGAGCCACCAUGAGCAGUCAAGAGACAGCUCCAGACACGCUGGAACCAGUCAUGGACAAACCUCCACUGGAUCCAGAAGCAGUAGGCACAGACAAUCCAGUGGUAGUCAGGCCAGUGACAGCGAAGGACAUUCAGAAGGCUCAGGUAGACAGUCUGUGACAACUCAAGGAAGGCCUGGUUCCAGCUCAAGAAACCAACAUGGAUCCUCCCAUGGUCAGACAGGAGACAGUCCUAGGCACUCAGAGUCCCAUCAAGACAGGCAUAGUGAAUCUGUCCAUGAAAGGUCAGGAUCCAGCACUAGACAAAGACAGGGGGACCACCAUGAGCAGUCAAGGGACAGCUCCAGACACUCUGGAACUCGACAUGGACAAACCUCUACUGUGUCCGGAGGCAGCAGACACAGGCAAUCCAGUGGUAGUCAGGCCAGUGACAGUGAAGGACAUUCAGAAGACUCAGGUAGACAGUCCGUGACAACUCAUGGAAGGCCUGGUUCCAGCUCAAGAAACCAACAUGGAUCUGUCCAUGGACAGACAGGAGACAGUUCUAGGCACUCAGAGUCCCACCAAGGGAGCCACGGUGAAUCUGUUCACGGAAGGUCAGGAUCCAGCACGGGGCAAAGACAGGGGAGCCACCAUGAGCAGUCAAGAGACAGCUCCAGACACGCUGGAACCAGUCAUGGACAAACCUCCACUGGAUCCAGAAGCAGUAGGCACAGACAAUCCAGCGGUAGUCAGGCCAGUGACAGCGAAGGACAUUCAGAAGGCUCAGGUAGACAGUCUGUGACAACUCAAGGAAGGCCUGGUUCCAGCUCAAGAAACCAACAUGGAUCUGCCCAUGGACAGGCUGGAGACAGUUCUAGGCACUCAGAGUCCCACCAAGGGAGCCACAGUGAAUCUGUUCACGGAAGGUCAGGAUCCAGCACCGGACAAAGACAGGGGAGCCACCAUGAGCAGUCAAGGGACAGCUCCAGACACUCUGGAACUCGACAUGGACAAACCUCUACUGUGUCCGGAGGCAGCAGACACAGGCAAUCCAGUGGUAGUCAGGCCAGUGACAGUGAAGGACAUUCAGAAGACUCAGGUAGACAGUCCGUGACAACUCAUGGAAGGCCUGGUUCCAGCUCAAGAAACCAACAUGGAUCUGCCCAUGGACAGGCUGGAGACAGUUCUAGGCACUCAGAGUCCCACCAAGGGAGCCACAGUGAAUCUGUUCACGGAAGGUCAGGAUCCAGCACUGGACAAAGAGUGGGGAGCCACCAUGAGCAGUCAAGAGACAGCUCCAGACACGCUGGAACCAGUCAUGGACAAACCUCCACUGGAUCCGGAGGCAGUAGGCACAGACAAUCCAGUGUUAGUCAGGCCAGUGACAGUGAGGGACAUGCAAGAGAUUCCGGUAGGCAUUUUGAGACAACUCAUGGAAGAUCUGGUUCCAGCUCAAGGAACCAACAUGGAUCUGUCCAUGGACAGACAGGAGACAGUUCUAGGCACUCAGAGUCCCACCAAGGGAGCCACGGUGAAUCUGUUCACGGAAGGUCAGGAUCCAGCACGGGGCAAAGACAGGGGAGCCACCAUGAGCAGUCAAGAGACAGCUCCAGACACGCUGGAACCAGUCAUGGACAAACCUCCACUGGAUCCAGAAGCAGUAGGCACAGACAAUCCAGCGGUAGUCAGGCCAGUGACAGCGAAGGACAUUCAGAAGGCUCAGGUAGACAGUCUGUGACAACUCAAGGAAGGCCUGGUUCCAGCUCAAGAAACCAACAUGGAUCUGCCCAUGGACAGGCUGGAGACAGUUCUAGGCACUCAGAGUCCCACCAAGGGAGCCACAGUGAAUCUGUUCACGGAAGGUCAGGAUCCAGCACCGGACAAAGACAGGGGAGCCACCAUGAGCAGUCAAGGGACAGCUCCAGACACUCUGGAACUCGACAUGGACAAACCUCUACUGUGUCCGGAGGCAGCAGACACAGGCAAUCCAGUGGUAGUCAGGCCAGUGACAGUGAAGGACAUUCAGAAGACUCAGGUAGACAGUCCGUGACAACUCAUGGAAGGCCUGGUUCCAGCUCAAGAAACCAACAUGGAUCUGCCCAUGGACAGGCUGGAGACAGUUCUAGGCACUCAGAGUCCCACCAAGGGAGCCACAGUGAAUCUGUUCACGGAAGGUCAGGAUCCAGCACUGGACAAAGAGUGGGGAGCCACCAUGAGCAGUCAAGAGACAGCUCCAGACACGCUGGAACCAGUCAUGGACAAACCUCCACUGGAUCCGGAGGCAGUAGGCACAGACAAUCCAGUGUUAGUCAGGCCAGUGACAGUGAGGGACAUGCAAGAGAUUCCGGUAGGCAUUUUGAGACAACUCAUGGAAGAUCUGGUUCCAGCUCAAGGAACCAACAUGGAUCUGUCCAUGGACAGACAGGAGACAGUUCUAGGCACUCAGAGUCCCACCAAGGGAGCCACGGUGAAUCUGUUCACGGAAGGUCAGGAUCCAGCACGGGGCAAAGACAGGGGAGCCACCAUGAGCAGUCAAGAGACAGCUCCAGACACGCUGGAACCAGUCAUGGACAAACCUCCACUGGAUCCAGAAGCAGUAGGCACAGACAAUCCAGUGGUAGUCAGGCCAGUGACAGCGAAGGACAUUCAGAAGGCUCAGGUAGACAGUCUGUGACAACUCAAGGAAGGCCUGGUUCCAGCUCAAGAAACCAACAUGGAUCCUCCCAUGGUCAGACAGGAGACAGUCCUAGGCACUCAGAGUCCCAUCAAGACAGGCAUAGUGAAUCUGUCCAUGAAAGGUCAGGAUCCAGCACUAGACAAAGACAGGGGGACCACCAUGAGCAGUCAAGGGACAGCUCCAGACACUCUGGAACUCGACAUGGACAAACCUCUACUGUGUCCGGAGGCAGCAGACACAGGCAAUCCAGUGGUAGUCAGGCCAGUGACAGUGAAGGACAUUCAGAAGACUCAGGUAGACAGUCCGUGACAACUCAUGGAAGGCCUGGUUCCAGCUCAAGAAACCAACAUGGAUCUGUCCAUGGACAGACAGGAGACAGUUCUAGGCACUCAGAGUCCCACCAAGGGAGCCACGGUGAAUCUGUUCACGGAAGGUCAGGAUCCAGCACGGGGCAAAGACAGGGGAGCCACCAUGAGCAGUCAAGAGACAGCUCCAGACACGCUGGAACCAGUCAUGGACAAACCUCCACUGGAUCCAGAAGCAGUAGGCACAGACAAUCCAGCGGUAGUCAGGCCAGUGACAGCGAAGGACAUUCAGAAGGCUCAGGUAGACAGUCUGUGACAACUCAAGGAAGGCCUGGUUCCAGCUCAAGAAACCAACAUGGAUCUGCCCAUGGACAGGCUGGAGACAGUUCUAGGCACUCAGAGUCCCACCAAGGGAGCCACAGUGAAUCUGUUCACGGAAGGUCAGGAUCCAGCACCGGACAAAGACAGGGGAGCCACCAUGAGCAGUCAAGGGACAGCUCCAGACACUCUGGAACUCGACAUGGACAAACCUCUACUGUGUCCGGAGGCAGCAGACACAGGCAAUCCAGUGGUAGUCAGGCCAGUGACAGUGAAGGACAUUCAGAAGACUCAGGUAGACAGUCCGUGACAACUCAUGGAAGGCCUGGUUCCAGCUCAAGAAACCAACAUGGAUCUGCCCAUGGACAGGCUGGAGACAGUUCUAGGCACUCAGAGUCCCACCAAGGGAGCCACAGUGAAUCUGUUCACGGAAGGUCAGGAUCCAGCACUGGACAAAGAGUGGGGAGCCACCAUGAGCAGUCAAGAGACAGCUCCAGACACGCUGGAACCAGUCAUGGACAAACCUCCACUGGAUCCGGAGGCAGUAGGCACAGACAAUCCAGUGUUAGUCAGGCCAGUGACAGUGAGGGACAUGCAAGAGAUUCCGGUAGGCAUUCUGAGACAACUCAUGGAAGAUCUGGUUCCAGCUCAAGGAACCAACAUGGAUCUGUCCAUGGACAGACAGGAGACAGUUCUAGGCACUCAGAGUCCCACCAAGGGAGCCACGGUGAAUCUGUUCAUGGAAGGUCAGGAUCCAGCACGGGGCAAAGACAGGGGAGCCACCAUGAGCAGUCAAGAGACAGCUCCAGACACGCUGGAACCAGUCAUGGACAAACCUCCACUGGAUCCGGAGGCAGUAGGCACAGACAAUCCAGUGGUAGUCAGGACAGUGACAGUGAGGGUCAUGCAAGAGAUUCCGGUAGGCAUUCUGAGACAACUCAUGGAGGAUCUGGUUCCAGCUCAAGAAACCAACAUGGAUCUUCCCAUGGCCAGACAGGAGACAGUUCUAGGCACUCAGAGUCCCAUCAAGGGAGCCACGGUGAAUCUGCCCACCAAAGGUCUGGGUCAAGCACUGGGCAAAGACAGGGGAGCCACCAUGAGCAGUCAAGGGACAGCUCCAGCCACUCUGGAACUGGUCGUGGAGAAAUAUCCUCUGGAUCUGGAAGCAGCAGACAUAGGGAAUCCAGAGUUAGUCAAUCCAGUGACAACAAGGGUCAUUCAAGAGGUUCAGGUAAUCAGACUGUGACCACCCAAGGAAUAUCUGCAUUCUACUCAAGCAUCCAAAAUAAUGGUGCAGGCCAAAUUUGGAGACAUGGCAGCUAUGGCAGUUCCAAUUAUGACUAUGGACAUUUAGGGAUUGGACAUUCUCCAGCUGAAAAUUUCAUUCAUGAUUCCAGUCAUAUGGAAAACAGGGACAAAUCUAAAUAUAGAGAACUAAUGAGAUCCAAUAUAACAGUCCGUAAUAUACACCCUGGAACUUAUGGCCCUUCAAAUUAUAUUUCAAAACAGCUGGGCUUUGGACAGUCAUGUAGACACUAUUAUUAUGAAUGAGUAUUAAUAAAAUAUUAAUAAAGUAAUUAACCCAAAGUUUAGGCUAUUACAAAGGCAUAACUUUGAUUCAAGGAAAUUUGCAUCACCCCUUCAGGGUGUUACCUCUUCUUGUCAUUUUUUAAAAAUUAGUGACAUUAUUUCUUUACAUUGGUGAUAAUUUCUUUUUAUUCUAUAGGAAACUUUGAGCUUUGUGGUUAAGUACUGGUUAAUAGAAGAAAUAGAUAUCAUGGAGUGUUAAACUUGGAAAACCAUGAGUAUUGGGGGAGAUGUGGUUCAAGAAAGGAUUUUUCUUUUGAGAGGUACAUAUCUGGACCUCUCCAGAUUGGUACAGAUUAAUAUUAAUCAAAAUAUUAAAGGAAUCAACAGGGCAAAGUCAGUGUUCCAUCAAGCAAAGCUGCUAUAUCUUAUUAUCAGUCAGCACACCUGCCUCAAGUAUCCUUCUUUUGGAACUCUGUAUUAUUCCGCAUUUAUUAAUCACUUUGGGCAUAUAGAAUAUAAAAGAGUGAACGGUGUGAAAAUGGAAAAUAAACAAUUGAUCAUAUAUCAUA